ACGUAAACUUGAGUUGUCCUCUAAUGUGAUUUUGAUUAGUCAAUAGUCAAGUUGAGCCGUUUACUUAGUUGUUGGCAGGUGGUUAUUGGCAAAACCAACAUGCAUUUUGAACACCAUGGAGAUGAACAUUGCAGUCUACCGUGAUACACCGUUAUGACUACUAUACAAAGAGGCUGUCGAGUAACGCUGGAGCGCUAAACAUGAUGUUGAGUACACUUAAUGGCAUGCUUCAAUGACUACUUCAGAGGAUAGGGUUGACUCAGUGAGUCUAGUUGGGGUUUACACACAAUUAAAAUGAGCGAAAAUGUGUAUUUCAACGUCUGUCAGAGAGACUGAAAACUAUUUUGUGAAACAACUAUUUUUAAACAUCAAAUUGUGUGAAGGUUCAACUAGUAUUCCUGUGAAAGACAAAACACUAUGUAUUUUCGCAUGGACGGAUCUGUUUUGAACAAAAGUAAAGUAUGUGUACAUGUACUUUUCUUUCUAAAGAAAAUAACUGUUUUAUUUGUCAGCAAUCGUCUAAACUGAAAUGGGUUCCCGCGCCGAGAAAAAGCAGCCAGGCGCUCUGGUCGGCGAGAAAUCUCAGACGGUCUACUCCGCAAACUGGAAACUGGACACCAUGUUACAGAAGAACUUACAAAUGCUUGACGUCUCUAAGCAUAGAGUUGGCCACCGGAUCUCCAUGGACCAGAGAGUGGUGAACAAGCGGUUCCAGAUCAAACUCAACCGUUCCAAACUCACCCAUGCCCGCAUGACGGGAAACAGGGAGCUCCUAAGAGAGUUAAUCCACCGAGACAACUACACCUUCAACACGAGCGUCGGCGGUCAGGACGACAAAUACAAGGUCAAGAUCAGCCCGACUCACACCCCGAACCAACAGUCUUCCGAGGAAGAAGGCAAGGAUAAGGAGGCUCUUAAAUACGGGAACGGGAAGGGGGUCAGACCUGCUGCCACAUCCAUCGUGGUGGUUGAACCGACUGGGAAUGACCGGCUGAGGAGCAGCACAAAUGCUGUUUAUAAACCUGGAACUGAAGCAGUUCCUCUUGGUAACAACAACAAGAGACCCAAGAGUACGAACAACAGGCCACCGAGUUCGAACAACAUGCCGACAAGUUCGAACAACAGACCCACGAGUUCGGUGUCGAUCGCUCCCAGGACAAUCACGAGGAGGCCGGCGACUGCCGUGACGGCUCACCCGCGGCAAACGCUUCAAUCGAACUCAUCAACGGGCGGAGUGGUGCCCGGUAACCCCCAAAACGCGACGAAAACACGAAACGAGCCUGUUGAUUCCAAUCAAACAAACUCUAGAACUAGACCCAAAACCGCAAUGCCUGGCUUCUCAAAGACCAGCAGUGUUGCCAAACCUGCCAGGCCCAAAACGGCCGUGGCAAGACCCACUGACAAAAAAGGUAAUGACCAUCUCAAAGCCCCGACACCGGAAGGUCAAAACCCAUCCCCGCAAUCAAGACCCAACUCGUCCACCAACCCCCAGAAAAAACGGCCACAGAGCAAGCAGAAACACACCAUGCCGAGCAUCUUCGGAGAAGAAAAACGACCGACACUCCUGGAUCUGAACAAGGAGCGUCUGCACAGAGCGAACUUCCCGGACCGGGUCAAGUCAUUCGCGGGGACACUCUCUGGCCUCCAAACAGACCCCGAUCAAACGGUAGACUAUUACACCCUGAGAUUGCUCGAGAACCUACAGUGUGCAAGUCGAAAGGGUCCCCGGGAGUACAUCGAGAGCGACGCGGAGAAGAGGGACGCGGACCGCAGUAUCGGAAACCUAAACGCGCUGAACAUGACUUUUGGUGACGUCACCAUGGAACUUGGUAAUCAUAAACAUAACACUAAUCCACCCGUGAGAGCAACAUUACGGGCUUGGGAGUCAGAUGAUGAUGAUGAUAAAAAAGGCUAAGUUUUUCAAAUAGUUAUAGUUCUAUUUUUGGCAUCAAUAUUUUUAUGCAAAACCUUUCAUUGUGUGUUUUUAUGUAGAGUAUUCAGAUUUUAUUUAUUUAUGGCGUAAUGCAAUCAGUAACAUGAGCACUCCUGUUGGUGUCAACAUUUAAAGUAUUUUCUCUAAUACAACAUUUAUCUUUAUAGCUCACCAAGUGAUGAACAUAAAGAACCAAACAAAUCUGUUGAAAAAAUAUAUUGGAAUUUGAGGAAAAUAAAAUGGCUGCACUGUUAAAUAUACCGUACGCGUAUUGGAUGGAUUGCAAUCACUCGGGGAAAUUGGUUUAAACUUGGUUUUUAACUCGAUUUUUUGUCUUCACAUUUAUGAUUCAUUAAUUAUGUAUUGGACAGGACUGGUAGAGCUGGGGAAAAUAGACACAGACAGUGUUCACAUGAAAUGACAAACUUGUGAGAAUUCGGCCUUUUUUGUUGUGGGAGCAAAUUCUGAAGACAGAAAAUAGUGGACAACCGUGCUCAAGUUUUGGCUAUAUUCACACAUUUUCCUUAAUUGUGGUUUUCAGAACUUAAAUCAGCUGUUUCCAUUUUUGUUUUCAGAACAGUUAUUUGGAACAUGACUUCAUUUCAGACGUACACAAUUUCACAGAAAAUGGUUCCAGUAAGAACUUAAAGGCAGUGGACACUAUUGGUAGUUACUCAAAUAAUUAUUAG